ACGCCGCGUUGGCUUGGAGUAGGGAAAGUUUUUCUCUUUCCCCAUUCUGUUGUCGGGGAAAAUGUUUCAACCGAUUGUUUAAUUAACCUGAGCGCAAACCUGUAGAAAAAGGGAGGUAGCUAACGUUAGCUCCCUUACUGAUUAUUUGUGCAGAGACGGCGUAAGUAAGUAAUUGUAAAACCGGCUGUUUGGAAGUGUUCGCUGUUUGGCUAAAGAGUACGGCUAGCUGCAAACAGAUAGCUCGCAGAUAGAUAGCUACACAGCGCGAUCCCCCGCUAGCCCUCCGCUUUAAAUCCUCCUGGAUAGUUUGUGGGACAGAAAAAAAGAGCUGGCGAAAUGGCGGAAACCAAAAUAAUCUACCACAUUGACGAGGAGGAGACGCCGUAUUUGGUGAAGAUCCCUAAACCUGCAGAACAAAUCACGUUGUUGGAUUUUAAACAAGUAUUGAACAAACCCAACUAUAAGUUCUUCUUCAAAUCAAUGGAUCAGGAUUUUGGAGUGGUGAAGGAGGAGAUCUCGGAUGACACUGCUAAGCUUCCCUGCUUCAAUGGCAGAGUGGUGUCCUGGCUGGUGUCCUCAGACAGCCCCCUCCCAGAAACCCCAGCCCCCCCACCCGAGGUACGACCCGAGCCUUCCCCCCCACCUCCACCCCUCCCACCCCCUCCAGCAGAAAGAACCGGUGGCAUUGGAGACUCCAGACCCCCUUCGUUCCACCCCAACGCGGCCGGAAGCGUGGAGACCCUGGACGACCGCACCGAGACAGAGUCCGUGGUGUCAGUCCGGAGGGAGAGGCCUCGUCGCAGGGAGAGUAUGGAGCAGCACGGGCCGCGCGUGAACGGACAGAGCCGGCUAGAGCGCCACCUAGCGGGAUAUGAGAGCUCCUCCACCAUGAUGAGCAGCGAGCUAGAAACCACCAGCUUCUGCGACUCUGACGACGACGAUACCAUGAGCAGGUUCAGCGGCUCCACGGAGCAGAGCACAGCCUCUCGCUUGCUGAAGCGACACCGCAGACGCAGGAAACAGCGCCCCCCCAGGCUCGAACGGGCAUCCUCCUUCAGCAGUGUGACUGACUCCACCAUGUCCCUCAACAUCAUCACUGUCACGCUCAACAUGGAGAAGUACAACUUCCUGGGCAUCAGCAUCGUGGGCCAGAGCAACGAGAGGGGAGAUGGAGGCAUUUACAUCGGCUCCAUCAUGAAGGGCGGGGCCGUGGCUGCUGACGGGCGGAUAGAGCCGGGGGACAUGCUGCUGCAGGUGAAUGACAUCAACUUCGAGAACAUGAGCAACGAUGAUGCUGUCCGAGUACUGAGGGAGAUUGUACAUAAACCGGGACCCAUCAUCCUCACGGUGGCCAAGUGCUGGGACCCGUCUCCACAGGGAUACUUCACUCUUCCUCGCAAUGAGCCCAUCCGCCCGAUUGACCCGGCGCUGUGGGUCAGUCACUCCGUGGCCCUCGCAGGGGCGUACCACCCGUACCCUGGGAGCUCCGCCCUCAGCACCAUCACCUCCAACUCCUCCGUCACUGAAACCGAGCGCUUUGAUGACUUCAACCUGUCUCUGCACUCCGACAUGGCGUCGGUGGCCAAGGCCAUGGCGUCCCCGGAGUCCGGCCUGGAGGUCCGAGACAGGAUGUGGCUCAAAAUCACCAUCCCCAAUGCCUUCCUCGGAUCGGACGUAGUGGAUUGGCUGUACCACCAUGUCGAGGGUUUCCAGGACAGGCGGGAAGCGCGCAAGUACGCCAGCAACCUGCUGAAAGCUGGCUUCAUCCGCCACACCGUCAACAAGAUCACCUUCUCCGAGCAGUGCUACUACAUCUUCGGCGACUUCAGCGACUGUGAGAACUAUAUCGCUAACCUCUCUCUGAACGACAACGACGGGUCGAGCGGGGCGUCCGACCAGGACACUCUGGCCCCCCUCCCACUCCCAGGGGCGACACCCUGGCCGCUGAUGCACUCCUUCCCCUACCAGUACCCCCACCCUUACUCCAACCAGCCGCCCCCCUACCACGAGCUGUCCAGCUACAGCUACGCCCCCGGGAGCACGGGCAGCCAGCACAGCGAGGGGAGCCGGAGCAGCGGAUCCACGCGGAGCGAGGGGGAGAGACGGAGGGGCAGCAAGGGCGGGGGCAGCAGCUCGGGAGGAGGCGGGCGAGAGGAGAAGUCUCCGGUGGGGGGAGGAGGAGGCGGGGCGGACUCGCGAUCGGGCAGCGGCAGCGAAUCGGAUUACUCCACCCGCAGCAGCCUGAGGCGGGACCACGGUUCGGCCACGCCCAGCGAGCACAGCCACCUCAGCCAGCGCUCCCACCACCGCGCCCCGCCCCCGCACCUCCCCCCCUACCCCCCGGGGAUCCCGCUCCCUUACAACCCCAUGAUGCUCAUGAUGGUUCCCCAGCACCCCCACCCGCACCCCGGCCUGGGCCCCCCACACCCCCAGCACCCCACCAUGCCUCCCUCCGCCACUCCUGGGGGCCCGCCCGGAGCUCCGCCCACCCGCGACCUGGGCUCGGUGCCCCCCGAGCUCACUGCCUCCCGCCAGUCCUUCCACCUGGCCAUGGGAAACCCCAGCGAGUUCUUCGUGGACGUCAUGUAGUAAAAAUGCGGGAGAGGAAUGAGUCAGCUCCAGAGAGCUGAGGUUUUUCCUUUCAGGAUUUUCUUUGUAGAGGGCCUUCAUGUAAGGACAAACCUUCUGAAGCUUUUACCGUUUUACUAGCAUUCUCACUGCUUUCUCAUUUGACUUUUUUUUUUUUUUUUGACAAAGCCCCUUUUGUUGCAGGAGGGGUUUUGUUAGUCUCCAGGAUUUUCCAUGUGCCUUAUUUUACAAUCAGUCAGUAAUGUUACCAGUGAUGUGAUUUCUUACCUCAGUAAUUCCUUUAGGGCGAACAUCUAGAGCAAAAGCAGAAUCCUGGCCAGCGACACUCUGUAAGGCUGGGAUUCGAGCUGUUCGCCCUCGUUCCUCCCAGCUCAGGGAUGGGUUUCAUGACCCAAUCACAACAUAACCAUGGCAAUAAAUGUCCAACCAGAAAGCAUCAGAAAGCAUUUCAAAAUCGUAAUGCAAAAUGAUUUUUUAUUCCUGUUUGUACAAAUCACCUGUUAUGACUGGGAUUUCUUUGUCUGUCCAGUCUGUGAGCUUACUGAAUGUUUUUGCAUCGCUUUUACAUGAACUGGUGGUCCUUGGUUAUCAAACUGAUGUACAGUGUUCAGUGUCAGAAGUUGGUCUGCUGAUCUGAUAUGAACAUUGCGAACGCAAUCAACCAAAACUGUAUGAUGUGGUAGGAGCAUAUAAAUGCAUCCCUGGAAGGAAGGUUGUCAAACCACGGAAGGGGCGUUAGG